CACUUCAAAUAUGCAUUGUUGAACAUAGAAGAGAAGUGGUUUAUCAGCAAAGAGUAUGGCUUCUAAACCAGGACUCCUCACUGACUGGCCAUGGAAACACCUUGGGAGCUUCAAGUAUGUGGUUGUAGCCCCAUGGGUGGUUCAUAGCAUAUACUCAUACAUAGUGAAGGAUGAAAAUGAGAGGGACCUUUCCAACUUACUCAUAUUUCCAUUGAUGCUGUGGAGGAUGCUUCAUAACCAAAUAUGGAUUACUCUCUCUCGCUACCGAACCGCCAAGGGCAAUAAUAGGAUUGUUGACAAGAGCAUUGAAUUCGAGCAAGUGGACAGAGAAAGGAACUGGGAUGAUCAAAUCAUAUUUAAUGGAAUACUAUACUACUUGGGUAACAUGGCACUAACAGGAGGCUCAAACCUACCAAUUUGGAGAACAGAGGGUGUGAUCAUCACUAUUUUGCUUCAUAUUGGACCUGUGGAGUUCCUCUACUAUUGGUUACACAGAGCACUGCACCAUCACUAUCUCUACUCUCGUUACCAUUCUCAUCAUCAUUCCUCCGUUGUCACUGAGCCCAUUACAUCUGUGAUUCAUCCAUUUGCUGAACACAUAGCAUAUUUCAUACUCUUUGCAAUACCAAUGUUGACAGUGGCGAACACAGGAACAGGCUCUGUGGCUUCAUUUGCUGGUUAUAUAACCUACAUUGAUUUCAUGAACAACAUGGGACACUGCAACUUUGAGCUCAUCCCCAAGAGCCUUUUCUCCAUUUUUCCCCCACUCAAAUACCUCAUGUAUACACCCACGUUUCAUUCUCUACAUCACACUCAAUUUCGAACCAACUACUCACUCUUCAUGCCAUUCUAUGACUACAUUUAUGGUACCACCGACAAGUCAACAGACGCAUUAUAUGAAACUUCACUACAUAGACCAGAGGAGUCACCUAAUGUGGUGCACCUGACCCAUCUAACCACGCCCGAGUCCAUCUAUCAUAUGCGCCUUGGGUUCGCCUCUUUGGCCUCUAAGCCUCUCACAUCCAAAUGGUACUUGUGGCUCAUGUGGCCUCUCACACUUUGGUCCAUGAUGCUCACUUGGAUUUAUGGUAAAACAUUUGUUGUUGAGAGAAAUAUUUUGAAAAAUCUCAAAUUGCAGACUUGGGCCAUACCGAAGUACAAUGUACAAUACUUUAUCAAUUGGCAAAGAGAGUCUAUCAAUAGCUUGAUUGAGGAGGCUAUACUAGAAGCUGAAGAAAGAGGCACAAAGGUGUUGAGCUUAGGUCUUCUUAACCAGGGGGAGGAGCUUAAUGGAAAUGGUGAGCUCUACAUCCGGAGGCACCCACAGCUUAAAGUGAAGGUGGUGGAUGGGAGUAGCUUAGCAGUGGCUGUUGUGCUAAACAGCAUUCCUGAAGGAACAACCAAACUACUCCUUAAUGCCAAAUUAUCCAAACUUGCUUAUUCAAUAGCUUCUGCAUUAUGCCAAAGGGGAAUACAGGUAGCCACAUUACACAUGGAUGAGUAUAACAAACUUAAAGCAAAUCUUGGAACUGAGGCUGCAAAAAAUUUGGUCCUAUCAAAAAUUUUUACUCAAAAGAUAUGGUUGGUGGGAGAGGGAUUGACUGAAGAAGAACAAUGGGAGGCACCAAAAGGGACAUUGUUCAUUCCAAUCUCGCCAUUUCCUCCAAUGAAACUGCGAAAGGACUGCUUCUACUACCACACACCAGCGAUGCUGACUCCCAAGUAUCUCGAGAAUGUGGACUCGUGUGAGAAUUGGCUGCCAAGAAGGGUGAUGAGUGCAUGGCGAAUAGCUGGGAUAGUGCAUGGUUUAGAAGGAUGGAAUGUGAAUGAGUGCGGUAACUCCAUCUUCAACAUUGACCAAGUUUGGAAAGCCAGUCUUCGACAUGGGUUUCUUCCUUUGAAGAUGUCCAUGGACUCCAAGCCUUUUUAAUUAGACUAUAUAUAUAUAUGCAUCAGCUCUUGUUGUAAUCUGCAAAUGAUGGAUGUGAUUUUGGUAUAAUCACAUCAAACCAUGUUAUAUUUUAUGUUCACCUAUAUAUAUAUAUAUAUAUAUAUAUAUAUAUAUAUAUAUAUUUGACUAGUAUUAAACCCUUUUGGAUCUAUCUCUUAA